AUGCCGCGUCCGACGUUACCACCCACGCCGGCGUCCUCGACGGACAUAAAGGGCCAAGACGGUUCCAAUAACCUCAACUCACUACAGCUCUCCUUCGAGUUGCCGCCCCCUGCCAUUAUCCAAGACGCCUCGAGAAUCUCCCCCAAGGGCACACGGACGUCCCCUAACGCCGACUUUCAGUCCAUCCUGCCCUCCAAGACAGCGUCAUAUCCGGUACAGCCCAGCGAGACGGUAAAGUCCCGCCGGCGUUCGUCAGCGGCUCAAAGGGCGGCUUCAAACCAAACCUUCGCGCUGCCCCCGCCGCCGACGCGGUCUCGCAAAAUCAUCCAGAUGAAGCCUCGUGCGGCGCAGGAGGAACCUGAGGAGGCACCGGUGGUGACCGGUCCUAAGUCGGGGACAUCGGGUUCGGGAAAGGCCGUUGCCGCGGCUGCGGCGGCCGGAACCGCCACGACAGUGCAAGGCAAGAAGAAGCAGCCUUCGACGACGAGCGCGGCGGGUCGCAAGAUUGCCAGGAAGACGGCGCAUAGCCUGAUUGAGCGGCGUCGGAGAUCAAAGAUGAAUGAGGAGUUUGCUGUGUUGAAGGGCAUGAUCCCGGCCUGCACGGGGGAGAUGCACAAGUUGGCUAUCUUACAGGCAUCAAUCGAAUACGUGAGAUAUCUUGAAGAUUGCGUCGCCAAGCUCAAGGCUCAACGGGACGCGUCCGAGGCCCGCUCACCCACCGAGUCCGGCCUGCAGACCCCCGCAGGCCGUGGCGAUUCGUGGGGCCCCAUCCCGCAGUUCCUCCCCAAAUAUCAAGAAGACCCCGACGACGUCGAGAUGACCGACUCGGAAGCCUCGUCGCCAGUCUUACUCCCCCAGGACGCCACCUCGAGGCACCGCCACGACUCGUACUCCUCCGUGUCGACGGACCACACAAGACAACACAACUAUAGCACUUCCACGACGACGUCGCCUGCCUUUGGGCCACAGACGUAUGUCGGCUACAGGCACGGCGGCGGGCUCGGGUCGGCGCUUACUAGUCCCGCUUUGACGCCGCAAAGGGACCUGGACCAGGAGGCAACGGCUGCUUUGUUGAUGUUGAAUAGCGAUCGGAGGGGCACCGUCGGGGAUGCGAGUAUAGGUGCCAGUGCCGGUGCCGUGAGGAGUGCCGGAAGGGGUAUGUCGGUGAGGGAUCUGCUCAGCACAUAA